UCCACUUUUUUUUUUUCAUACAUUAUUUUCUCUCUGCUUGCUUUCAUCACCUACGAAGUUGCUCAUUUUUCUCAGUUACCUUCUCUUCUUUCCAUCCUACUUCGCUGCUAUUUCCAUGCGAGUCUCGCAUCUCGCGGUUUUGAUAUAUGCCACUAUGGCAAACGCAUCUUGGUCGGCUUCUCAGCAGCUCUCACCACGCGACGCAGUGGCCACAACAGCGUCUUGCCCAACCUCUGGUAACAGCGUCUUCAUAUGUUCGCCUCUGAGCUCAGAUACAUGGUACAAUGGAACAGUGAACCAGUUUCUGUGGAACUACUAUAACCCAGUAUUUAACGGUCAGCUCCAGAACGGCACGUUGAGUUUAUAUUUGUAUCAGUAUCAAAAUGCAUCCUUGGAGUAUGUCAUGGUCAAAAAUUUCACACAAUUGCCCACAACGGAUAGUCCACUCAUCACCACAGUGGACGAUUCAUGGUUUCCAACAAAGCUUUCGCCGGGAUCAGCUAACGUAUCGCACACAUACUUCAUGUAUCUCAUUGCAUCGGAUCUCGACCCUGCUACAGAGAUGAAAAACAUCUACUCCAUAUAUCGACAGGAGAGCGUUGGAACGUUGAAUUUCACAGUUGUUCAAACCGCGCCAUCCACAGCGCCGUCAUCUAGCGGCUCCUUGUCCAAUUCUACAGCACAUGCUUCUUCCACGAUAGCUCAGGCAGUACCUUCAACUGUCAGUAACGUCAAUGGCCAGCUGCAGGCGUCAUCGUCUGGCUCCAAGUUACAACCAUGGACGAUUGGGGUUAUCGUUGCAGCAUGCGUGGCCGUCAUUUUAGCAGUUAUUGCACUAAUUUGGACAAUACGUUAUACACGCAGACAGCGAAAGUUCGGGCAACGCAGAUCUUUCUUUCUGGGGGAUUCCAAGCGGUCACCUGGAGCAAAUGAUCCUGACGCAGUGGAUGCUGCGGCUAUGACACAAGGUAUUAUUCCUGGUAUGCAGAGUCAUGGCGGUUUCGAUAAUCGAGAUGUAUCGUCUAUUCAUUCUGGAACGCCCAUCUUUGGUGGAACGUCUUCUCGACGAUCUACAGCCCUUGAGAAUAGUUCUGCAUUUGGAUCCACCCGAGGUUCUGGAUUAAGAAAUAGUACUGGAAUCGACCCAGAGAAGAACCAAUCGGCCAUAUCGAAUGCCGUUCGCAGCAGUGACCUUGGCCAACAUGCUGAAGCGCGUCAAUCCAACUCUGUCUUGAGUUCAACAGACGCUCUCAUGAUCGCUGACACGUUCCGAAGUUUGAUGCGAAAACCAGAUUGGAACGAAAAGUCGGAUGAAGUUGAAAUGGAGAACACUGAAGAAAACGAUGAAGAAAAGCGAAAGCGUCUUGGAAACGAGCUACUACGUCAACAGCUCGCGGAAGAAGGUACUCAAGUACAGCGAAUAGAACGCCGACCCACUCAACUCAAAAGUAUCACGACCGCUGAGGGCAAGGCGAUAUUUGACAACGACGAUUCCCAAUCUACAUAAUGCAGCGCGUCUUCUCCUCCCCCCCUCUUUUUUUUUCCAGAUCAGAAAGCCAUGAAACAACGGAUGUUAUGCACAUCAUGAACCCUCUGACUACCGUAAAUACUUCUCUCUCCGUUACCGCCUUGCAUUACAGUACACUGCAUUGCUUGCCGGGCAAUGGCUCUUGCAUCACAUUAUUUCAUCCAUCUUCUUUCGCCUGAAUUUUCUCUCUCUCCCGUUCUUCCAUCUUACAUU